CAACGUCAUUCUCCCCAGUAUCUCACCCGUCAGAGAUGCGGUACCGUCUUGUUUCUGCGGCAGCAUCUUGCUCAAGCUAUCAUGCAGGAAUACACCCCCGGUGCCUUCGCUGACCGCGAUGAUCCCACCCCGCCUUUACGAGGUCGACAGACCGCAUCAACAGACGAUCAAAUCUCCAGCCGCCAUGAGAGAUCGGUAUCGAGCAUCCGUCAGUCCAUGCAAGAUAGGCUUCUCACAAAAAUCCUAGAACAGGUCGUCCCCGUGGAAGAUGUGCACGAUGAAUCGGUCUCGGUGGGCGCAAAGCCCGUCCCUCCAGAUGCUCAGCGACCGGCUUUCAGUCUUCCUCUGAUGGGCAACAACUUUCGACGAUUCAAUGCGAGAAUCGGUAUUGUUUUCCACUUUCAGGAGCAGGUUGAGCGCCUAUUUGCCUGGAAGCAACCGUCCCAUACUUUUUCGUUCCUGUUCGUCUACUCUUUUAUAUGUCUCGAUCCCCAUCUACUGGUCGUACUACCCAUUGCGACGAUACUUCUAUUUGUCAUGGUACCUACGUUCCUGGCGCGCCAUCCUCCGCCGCCCUCAACGUCAACAUCCAGCAUAACUCCAUACUACUCGUAUCAGGGCCCUGCGCUGGCUCCGCCAAAGACGAUCAAACCUGCGCCAGAGACGUCCAAAGACUUCUUUCGCAACAUGCGGGACCUGCAGAAUUGCAUGGCCGACUUCUCUGAUCUGCACGACUCGGCAGUUUCCGCUCUUGCUCCAAUGACAAACUUCUCCAACGAAAAACUGUCUUCCGCUGUUUUUCUCUCGUGCACAGUCCUAACAGCCGUACUAUUUCUGACUGCACAUCUUAUUCCCUGGAGGUAUAUCAUGCUUAUUGGCGGCAAUGCCGCACUCUUAUCGAAGCAUCCCAACAUUCAAGAAUUCCUUCAGGGUCUCGCCGCUGAACUUGGCAGCGAAGAGUUGACCCAGGUACCCUCUGGCAAAGCACCAGCCCCGCAUAUGCCCUUCAUGAAACUGUUAGAUGACAUAUCACUGGACUCAUACCCCGAGGAACGUGAGGUGGAGAUAUUCGAGAUCCAAUACCGUUCACUAGCCCCUUACGCCGAGCAGGACUGGGAAACGUUUCUUUUCAGCGCGGUACCAUACGAUCCCUUAUCCCCCUCUCGCAUCGCAGGCGAUCGGCCCAAGGGGUGCCGAUUCUUCGAAGACGUCCAGCCCCCAGCCGGUUGGGCGUGGAAGAGCAAGAAAUGGGAGCUAGAUCUCGACUGCCGGGAAUGGGUUGUUGAGCGUAUGAUCACAGGCGUUGGCUUUGAAGUGCCAGGGAGCCCUUCCGAAAGCGGUGCCGGCUCUGAUGAGAUUGGUGGUUGGGUUUGGGACCUUCCAUCGGCGUCAUCCCUUAGGAGCGACGAUGAUGUAGCGUCUGCCCUUGGAUAUGGGACCCUUGGUCAGAUUGGGGAGAAAAAGAAAGGCAAGAAGAAGGGCAAGGAAAGGGCUACCCAGGACUACGAGGAGAAGGGGAGUCCUGGGUCCAAUGUUAUGGGUGAGUGGAGGCGAAGACGCUGGGUGCGGAUCGUCCAACGCAUCAGUAUGCCAGCAGAAAAGGAGAAGGCCAAGAGCCGUGGUAACAAUGCCUGAUUGUGGAUAUCCAGAGAUGGACUAUUCUUAUUUCUUGCUGAUAGCAACUCAGACAUGCAGCUGUACCGAAGCAGGAAAAUCUCAUUAUCUCAUUAUUAUUCAGAAUCUAAACACCCAAAAUAAAAGGUCUCGA